AUGGAAUCUGCCCGACAGUCAGAUAAACCGCCCGAAGCCACAGACAUGGGUUCAGCCUGUGAACUGGUCGAGGGUGCUGCAGUGUCACGGCCUUCUCAUAUAGAUGCAGGCAAGCCCAUCAUCAGGCUCCCGGAUGAGUGGGAAGGUCGCGGGACCAUCGCCCAUAUCACAGACAGGUCCCUCAGAAGGUUCCUGAGCCUGCCUCCAGAGGUUCACCACCGUCUCCAGCGAGCCAGCGCUCAGCUUACAGCGGAGCAGAUGAUAGUUAGGAGAAGGAAUAGCCCGUCUCCCGGUCAGCAGCCUCAGCCGGCUACGCAUCAACUGUCCGCGGUGCAUCAGUAUGAGUUGGCUCGCUUUGAGCUCGAUAACUUGGCUGCUGCUGCCCCUACUCCUCCACCGCCGCCGCCAAAGGAGAGACCCCUUAUUCGAGUGAGAUGCAAGCCAAAGGCUGAGCCCCGCGAGAUAGCGGAGAAUCCAUAUCUACACUACAUAAUCACCGACAUGUCUACCUGGUCCAUCUCACGCAGCAGCCUCGAGCUGAUGGAGGAGUUCCGUAUCACUCUGUGCCGCUGGACUCUGGAUGCAGUCAUCGACAGGCUGAGACUCAGCCAGCCGGACCCCCAAAGCGGUCCGGUUUCAGUGGCCCUUCAGUGCUUUGGAAGCUAUCGUUCUGGUUAUGCUCUGGCUGAGUCUGAGAUGGACCUCAUCGUGGUCACGGAGAAUCUUCCAGCUCACAUACAGCGAAAGCUUUCCAUUAUCUUGGCCCAGGCCUUCCUCUCCCAUGGCCUUGCUCCAUACCUCCUCCCCAGUGUUGAAGACGACCGCUCCAUGGUUCUUCGUGUCUGUCAAAACCCAUCUCGGAAGUUUAUUGACAUGCUUGAAUGGGAAUACCCGGACCUGGAGACGGCGGAGGAGUUAAAGGCGUUUGCCGUCACGCCCUUGGCCUGUUGCCGUAACGCCACCCCAAGCCAGCACUACAAUAUCUACUUCGACCGCCUUGAGCCAUUGUUACGUCGAACGGAUCUCUUGAGGGCCUACCGGAUCUGCGACAACCGUGUCUACGAGAUGGCACUCAUUGUGAAGAGGUGGGCGAAAGCACGUAACAUCAACAACCCGUACCAUGGUACACUGUCAUCCUACGGAUAUACCCUGAUGCUACUCCACUACCUAAUGAACAUCGCUUACCCGCCGGUCAUCCCAAACCUCCAUAAAUGCAAGCGAUACGGGAGCACCGAAGACAACGAGGAAACUUUUUGGCGCAACCCAAGGCAGAUUGCAAGAGAAGCGGCCCGAGGGAAACUAACUUUCAACGAUCAAUCGACCCUCUCGCUUCUUCGUGGAUUUUUCGCAUAUUACUCCGGACCCUGCCACGACAUAGAGUACCUGCGCAGAAAGCCUAGACCCUGGUUCCACUGGAAAGAUGCGGUUGUCUCUAUUCGGGAGCGAUGCAGCAAGACAUCCAAGAAUUGGACCACAUACCACAAAGACGAAAAUGGCAAUAUACAUCGACAUCUGCUAGCUAUUGAAGAUCCGAUCAAAAGGGACGAAAAUGUUGCCAGAAUGGUGACGCUCCUUGGAGUGUACUUGAUACGGGAGGAAUUUACGCGUGCAUUCCGCAUCAUCAGCCUUGCAAGACCGGUGCCCGGGACGGAUUUGGCAUGGCAGACGGAGGCGGGCGAGCGAUGUGAGGAUCUGUUCGCUGAGCGGGUGAAACGGUCUUCUUGA